GGGUCCGUAAUUUGCGACAAUGACGGAAUUUCCAAAAAAAAAUUCUCUGAUUUCCGGCGACCCACUGGAUUGCUCCGCGAGGACCGCUUGCUCCCGUCUUCUUCACGCGUGGUUUGCUUGGAUGGGGGAUGUUGCUACGUUCUCGCGCUGGACGCCGAGGUGAAUGAGAAUGGAAGCAUCCGACCAGCGAACGGGGAGUCUCAAGUCAGCAAACGGUACGUAUUCCCGGAGCAGAUUGACUUGUCCCGUCGGCUACCGUCGUAUGACGCACUAGACCCGGAGAACAUCCUUGCAUCCUGCAUGCCUUUGCUCCUCCUUUCGCACCAUCUUUACAUCGCACUGUGCUCAAACUUUGCACUUUCGCGAGCGCGUCGCGUCACACUGUACACGGGGCCUGUCCACUCGACCGACCCCUUUGAGCCUUGGACGCAUUAUGGUACCCAGCUUGGCCCUGGUAUCUCGACGGAGCUCAUGCUGGAAUAA